UCCAUUUUUCAGAGACGUCACAAGAAGAGUGUGGAUUUUUUUGUUCGUUUUCACACAAGGGCGACGUUUUUUCUCAACUCCCAUCAUAAAAAAAAAAAAGAAAAAAAGAUUUCCUCUAAUUUUUUUUUGUGUUGCAAAAGAGUGGAAUCAAAAAACCAUAAAUUUGUUAAAGUUUUUUUCUAUUUGCUUCAAUUUAUAAACAAUUGCGAUUUUUCGCGUUCAAAAAGAGUGAAAGAAAAAAUUACCUAUACGACGACCACUUCUCUAAAAAAAAAAAAACUAAAAAUUUCCCCUCAGGAAGACCCCAAAGACGACGAAGACACCUCUUUUCAUUUUUUAUUGUCUUGCAGUUAUUAACCUACUCAAAACCAAGAAAAAUAGAAAAAUAAAAAUCCAGACUUUUUUUGUCCUCUAAAAAAAAAACUUUUUUCUUACAAAAAAAGUUAAGUGUUUUUGUGCCCGUGGAAACGAAUUUGGAAAAACCAUCAUUUUCAUCUUUUUGGUGUUUUUUGAAAAAUACCAGAAAAAUCCCAAAAAUCAUCACAAAAAAAAAAAUUAAGUGCAUAGAAAAUAAAAAAAAAACCACCCGAGUUACACGUAACCCACCACUGAAAACAAAAGAAAAAACUGACACCAUCUGUCUCUCCAUAAGCCAGUAAUAAAGUAGCAGAAGCAAUAUUAUGGCUCGCAAUUUGAACAAUCCAGCUCUGCACAGGGAUUAUGGAGCAACAUCAUCUACCAGCAGCACUUCGGCCAUCACUUCGGUACCCGAUGUCAACUUUUCCGGCUUCAGUCCCACAGAAUUCAUGUCUCUCAGCGAGAAUAUCGGCUACAAUAUCAAUUCUGUGAUCUCAAGUUGGAAACAACUCGACAAAGCUCUCAAAGUGAUUGGCACUCCACGAGACAAUCAAGCCUCCCGGGACAAAGUGCAUCACCUGCAAUCACAGACCAAUAUACGAAUUCAGACAACAAGUAAAGAUCUACAACGUCUGACAGCGGUAGUGAGACAUGCUGACAAAAAGCAAAAACUCAAACAAGAAAAGUUGACCAACGAAUUUCGCCAAGUGGUGGAGAAAUACUCGGAGAGCCAGCAAAAAAUUGCUGCUGCCAUGAAGCAGGUUGUACUGCAAACGUCGAUGCAAGCUCAACAGCUGGACGAAGAAUCAUCGUCGACAAACGAUCAAGAAAUUCUAAUUCAGCGACAGAAGAAUGCCGAGGCAAAUUUGCAAUUCGAACAGAAUAUGCUGUUGGAUCAGGAGAAGAGAAUUAAAGAAAUAGAGGCUGAUGUAUUGGAUGUUAAUUCAAUAUUUCGAGUAUUAAGUAGUUUAGUUCAGGAACAAGGUCAACAAGUUGAUUUAGUGGAAAACAGUAUUGAUAUGACCCACGCUGCGGUGAUAGAUGGCGCUGCCGAACUAAGGAAAGCCGCUGAAUAUCGGGCACGUUAUCGUCGAAAAAUUUUAAUACUACUAGCGAUCGCUGUGAUAAUAGGUUUAAUUGUGACUGGAAUUAUUGUAGGAAAGUUAAACAGUUAAAUUAAUAUAAAAAAAAAAUUAACAACAAAAUAAAAAAAUGAGUAUAUGUUUUACUUUCUUUAUUAUUAUUAAACAAAAAAAGAAGAAGAAAAAAACAAAAACAUUAUUACACACAUUCUUAGUAAGUCUUUAUACAUAUACCAUGCAUAUAUAUAUUAUAUAACUCUAAUUAAUUAUUCAUUAUAUAUUAUUAAAAAAAAAAGAAAAAAAAAACAAA